UUAAAGCUUUUAUUAAAAUAAUGAAGGGUUCUGUGAGAGGAAGAUGUGUUUUUCGGAAUGUGAAGUUUUCUCAUUUGAAUCGGGCGCCUUGGCCUUUCAAGGAUUGGUUCGCAUGAUGGCGACUAUGGAGAGGCGGCGGUCGAGUGAGGCCGAGGAGUUGGAACUCGGAAGCGGGGGAGACUCGGAGGAGGAAAUGGAAGACUCUUCGGAGGAUGAGCAAGAAAACGAGGCGGAAAUCCAACGGUUGGAAGAGCAGCUUUCCAUCAGUGCCUAUGACUACAACUGUCAUGUGGAUCUAAUUAAAUUGCUGCGUCAGGAGGGGGAGCUGGAGAAAUUGCGAUCUGCUCGACAGAAGAUGAGUGAACUUUUCCCACUUACUGAAGAGCUUUGGUUGGACUGGCUGAAGGAUGAAAUUCGAAUGGCAGAAGAAGCAUCUGACAGGGAGAAAGUUUACGAACUGUUUGAGAAAGCUAUCAAAGAUUAUAUUUGUCCUGAGAUAUGGCUGGAAUAUGCCCAGUACUCCAUUGGUGGGAUUGGUCAGCAGGGUGGUAUUGAGCGAGCUCGUGGUAUAUUUGAUCGAGCCUUAACUGCUGUUGGACUACAUAUGACAAAAGGAGUAGCAAUCUGGGAGGCCUUUAGAGAGUUUGAAAAUGCUAUUUUAGGAACCUUACAGCCCUCAGCUGGCAGCAUUUUGACUUCGGAUCAGCAGGAGAUGGUGAAUGCACAACUUGACCGAAUACACACACUGUUCACGAGGCAGCUGGGUGUCCCUUUGCUUGAUAUGGAGACUACAUAUGCUGAGUACAAGGAGUGGGCUGAUGAGCUGCCUGAUGAACCGGUGACACAACUGUAUAAGAAGGCCCUACAACAGAUGGGAAAACGCAAGCCCUAUGAAGAAAAUCUGUUGGUAGCAGAUCCUCCAAAAUUAGCAGAGUAUCAAGCUUACAUUGACUUUGAAAUGAAGGAUGGAGACCCAGCACGGAUUCAGAUUAUCUUUGAACGGGCACUGUCCGAGAACUGUUUAGUGCCAGACUUAUGGGCACGUUUCACGCUCUAUCUGGACAGACAGCUGAAGAUCAAAGAUCUAGUUUUGUCUGCACAUGAGCGAGCUGUUCGAAAUUGCCCUUGGAUAGUUGGGUUAUGGAAACGAUAUCUUCUAGCACUAGAGCGACAUAAAGCUGAACACAAGAUUAUAACAGAGACCUUUGAAAAAGCAUUGAAUGCUGGGUUCAUUCAGGCUACAGACUACGUGGAGCUUUGGCAGGCAUUUCUUGAUUACCUGAGACGGAGAGUUAAUUUCAGCCAAGAUUCCAGUCAAGAACUGGAGGAGCUCAGAUCAGCUUUCAGUCGUGGUGUGGACUACUUGAAACAGGAUAUAGAGCAACGAUUUGGUGAGAGUGGGGACCCCUCAUGUACAAUUUUACAGAAUUGGGCGAGGAUUGAGGCAAGACUUUCAAAAAAUAUGCAGAAAGCUCGGGAACUCUGGGAUAGAAUAAUGACCAAAGGAAAUGCAACAUAUGCCAACAUGUGGCUGGAGUAUUACAAUUUGGAGCGAGCUCAUGGUGAUCCGCAGCACUGCAGAAAGGCCUUACAUCGAGCAGUACAAUGUACCACUGACUAUCCUGAGCAUGUCUGUGAUGUGUUGCUCGCCUUUGAGAGAGUAGAGGGCUCUUUGGAGGAUUGGGACCUAGCUGUAGAGAAGACGGAGACCAGACUUAACCGUGUUAAUGAGCAGAGAGCCAAAGCUGCAGCGAAGGAAGCCCUGCUGACAAAACAGGAAGAGGAGAAAAAUAUGCAGCGGAAGAAAGAUAGAUCUGAAAAGAAAGCUGCGAAAAAGGUCCAGAAACAGGCAUUACCUGGAGACAAACGCAAAGCAGAUGAAGAGGAAUGGGGCACCCAAAUUGAUCAACCAAGUAAAAAGUCACGAGCUGGGGAACUGGAAGAAGCUGAGGAAGAGGAUAUGUCAACAGAAUGUGGUCUGUUUGGUCGUAAAAACAACACAAAGAUCCUAGAGACUCCAGCAUUGCAAAAACAAAAAGCUGUAGCUGCCACAAGGAACAAAGUUCUCCACGAUAACAGCAAGGAUGACCUGACUGUGUUUGUCAGUAAUCUCUCAUAUUCAAUGCCCAAUCCCGAGGAGAGGCUCAAGGCGAUAUUUGAAAACUUUGGUCAGAUUGCAGACAUUCGCCCUGUUUACAGUAAUAGAGGACUUUUUCGAGGAUAUUGUUAUGUGGAGUUUGAGGAGGAGAAAGCGGCUACCGAUGCCUUGCGGCUGGACCGCCAGGAGUUAGAGGGUCGGCCAAUGUUUGUUUCACCCUGUGUCGACAAAGCAAAGAAUCCAGAAUUUAAGGUGUUUAAGUACAGCACCAGCUUAGAGAAACACAAGGUCUUUAUUUCAGGUUUACCUUUCUCCUGCACUAAAGAGGAACUGGAGGAGAUCUGCAAAGAGCAUGGAAACCUAAAGGAGAUCCGUCUCGUCACUAAUCGCUCUGGAAAGCCAAAGGGUUUGGCAUAUGCUGAAUAUGAGAAUGAAGCCCAAGCCUCCCAGGCUGUUCUUAAGAUGGAUGGACAGGUGGUUAAAGAUCACACAAUCAGCGUGGCCAUCAGUAAUCCUCCGCAGAGGAAACAGACUAGCAAGGUUGAAACCAGCAGAUCAUCUGGCUCUCUGCUCCCUCGGCAGGUGUAUGGAGCGAGAGGCAAAGGUCGAACACAACUUGCACUUAUACCUCGUGCAUUACAGCGCUUGCCUGUAUCUGAAGCAAAUACUGAAAAUGGUACAUUGAGGGAUCAGGAUGGCAACUCGAAAGGUGAUUCCUCUAUAAUGGAAGAGACCAAAAAGAUGACCAAUGCAGACUUUGCAAAGAUGCUGUUGAGAAAGUAACCUGUGAUUACAGCAUGUUAUUAAACUGCUGAACAUCUAGAAAAAAUGUGAACUGCCUUUACAGAAAUCAUUUGCAUCCUUCCACAUCUGGUUAAGGAUUCUGAUGAGCCGUACUGAAAUGUAAAUAAUUUUUUUAAAGAGUUUGACAAGUGUUAAAUAUCCUUGAUGGAAGCUCCAUGUUGCUUUUCUCUGUCAGAAUUUUUUAAGCAGUUGCUCUUAUGUAUUUACAGAGAAUGGCUUGUAUGUGUUUUGUAACUGCUACUUGGUUAGUUUUAAACAAGUGCCCUGGAAGCUACUGUUACUUUGCAUUUUUUGGUAAAAAGAAAUAUGUGUUUGUACAGCAGGAUCACAGGGACCAUUUCAUUGUUACUUUGACUUCACUUUUUGAUAUAUUGCUGUGAUAUUUUAUAUAUUUGCAUUGUAAUGCAACAUUGGUUAAAAAUCAUGUUUAGGAUUCAUUGUCUAAAUAUCACAGAGGAUUAAGACUGGGUUUAUAAGAAAAUUCCAUUGGUUCAAAGUGAAAGCAGUGUGUUUAAUUAAAAACUCUUUAAAAAGGUA